AACCGUGCUAUGGUGGUGGUUGUCGUUUUAUUACUAUAUGAUUAUUUUAAUGACCCGGAUAAGAUCCGAGGUGCCGUACUUCCAGAAACGUGAUGCAUGAUAAGGGGCGCAACAGCAUUCCCUUUCCCAGUUUAUGAUUCUUACGAGUGUCAUGCAAGCUUUAAAGCUAAAGCUCCAGAAUUCAUGACUCAUCCUUAUCAUUCGUGUUAACUCCGCCACGUGUCACCGACCCAACCUCUCCUCUUUAUCUUCUCUCCGUUUUGUUUUCCUACUCUCCCUCGCAGUACUAUAAUUCACACGGUUACACGCUCCACCUCACCAUCAUCUUCUCACAUACCCAAAAUGGCAAACAGAUUUCCUCUUCUCUCUUCCAAACAAUUUGCCAAACACCUCCAUUCAUGUCUUCCUCCAGUCCCCCUAAUCGCCACCAACACAAGGUGCUUCUCAACUGCUUACCCACGCCCUCAAGGUCAUGAUGAUGAGGAUGGUGGAGUGACAGGGUACGUGGCUGAUGCAGCAAAACAAGGGACAAGGAAAGCAGCAGAGGUUGUGGAGGAUGUUGGAGCAGCAGCCAAGGAGACAGCGGACAUUGCAUGGGACGCUACAAAGAAGGCUACCCAGAACAUUAGAGAGACAACUACAGCAGAAGCUGAUACCAACGUUGUUGACACAGCGGAGUACAGGUGUGCUGAGGAUCUGAAGGGACAGCUUGGAGAUGGAUGUGACAAGAUGGAGCUAUAGUUUGUAUGAAUGUCAGUUUAAUUUUGUGCUUUCUUUUCUUUUCCUAACAAGCUGUGAUGUUCACUUACUUUCCCAUCACCCCAAACGGUUAAGCUGCUUGUGAAUGUAAAGUGAAAACGUUGUAGCAAAGGGGCUUGAUAUUUUGGAUAAGUGGACAAUGAUCACUUAUAGGGCAUGAUAGACUCAUAAACUACUUAGUUUGAAAUAUUGAACUUGUAUUUUAACUAGUUUUCAUGAUAAAUUGAGGUAUAUAAUAGAUUCUGAAACUCAAGUUGGCAUGAAUAUUUUCUCUAGAAAAAUAAGUUAAUUGUUGGCCUUUUGGACUUAUUCACUUAUGUCUGAAGUUGGCCAGAAUCAGAUACGCACAAGUCCUCGUCUAAAGUAGUAGCAAAAACGACAUGCCAUGAAUCAGAGAAAAAGCAAGUCUACAAAAGGGCAAUAUCAAGUGAUAUCAAAAAAGAGGGGAAAAAAAAGAGCAAUAUCGAGAUUUGCUGUAUCUUUCAAGAAGGCUGUAAGGAAACUUCGUGAUCACAUACUUCAAAACUCGGCUGCGAAAACUAGACGCAAACUUGAGGCUUAAUUGAUGUAAAAGCUUGGGACCAACAAAUUCCAUACUCAGCAAAUUCCAUACCACUUGAAGAUUAUGACCACGUAGCUGUCCCUUCCAUAUCUUUCAUUAAAAGACAAUGAAGAAUUUUCUACCACAAGGCCUUCUCUCAUUUGUCCUUCCACAUUAGAAUUCUUCACAACUGUACUGCAUAAUGCAAAAGAAAACAACCAAAAAAAAAAGGACCUUCUGAGAUGAUAUCACAAAUGUAUUCUUCUGAGUCCUCCUUUCUGCAAGUCUUCACUAUGUGACAAACAGAAGAAGAAUAAAAGGAAGAAGGGGGUGGACCAAGCCCACUGUAAGAGAGUGAUAGGUGUUACAUUCUGAUUCUCAUGGACAGAAUAGGAAGAGGAAUGCAAAAUUCUGUGAAUGUAUAACUAUUUAUUUCUGCAAGACUCUUAACAAUACAUUAGAUAUUGAAUCCAGUGCAUAAAUGCCUCUUCAUCCUGCAUAUCUUAGGUAAAUGCUUAAUCUUUCCCAUUGAAGUAAAACCAAGUAGAACAGAGAGAUAAGGCCUACCUAAGUCCAACUCAAACGGUCGGCAACGUUAGAGUAACAAAAUAAACAAAGGGCAAAAUCCUCCUCCUUCCAGGUGUACUUCAGCAUCAACAAUGAAGCAUUUGGAAUUGACUCGCUUGUAUUUAUCUGUAAGCCUAUCAUUUUCCAAAACACCAUUUAUACAAGAUCGAUCCCCACUACCCACUAACUGCAGGAUUCCAAAAUUUCCUGUGUUAAGUUAUCAGAACUUCCAGACCCCUCCUCCAUGCAUCCAUUGCCUCCCCUACACUAAAUACAAACAGAAAAAAAUCUUAUGUUGAUACUAAAUGGUCCACACACUCGCAAUCACCUUGUCUUUUCUACCUUUGUGCUUCCUAUAAAUAACCUUCUUUCACUUCAUUGCUCCUCAUAGUCACAGGUUUCUUCCUCAUCAUCACUCCCACCUCUUUGUCAGCUGCACAAUGGAGGCCAAGAGUAUUGAGAGGAAACGACCAUCCACUGAGCAGUCAAAGCAUAAAAUAAUUGAAGAAGCAGAUGAUGAAGAAGAGGAAGAAGAGGAAAUGAGGGGCGGUACUGGUGGUCGUGUAGAAGAGGACAAGAAGAAAGGAAUUGGUGGGAGUAACAGAAGAGGAUCAAGUGGUGGUUAUAGAGUUUCUGCACCUUCCUGCCAAGCAGAGAGGUGUGGAGCUAACUUGACUGAUGCAAAGAGAUACCAUCGCCGCCAUAAAGUAUGCGAGUUUCAUUCCAAGGCUUCUGUUGUGAUGGUUGCAGGGCUGAGGCAGAGGUUUUGCCAGCAAUGUAGCAGGUUCCACGACAUAGCGGAAUUUGAUGAUGCCAAGAGGAGCUGCCGGAGGAGAUUGGCGGAGCACAAUGAGAGGCGGCGGAAAAGCAAUGCCGAAACUCACAGCGAUGGCGGCGAAAGUCAUCAUAACCCAAUGGAAGGCCGUAUCAGGCAUGUUGAUGACAGGGGAAGAAGAGGGAACCAGAUGAACUUUAAUUCUGGGAAUUGGAGCAGCAAGUCUUUCCAUAUCAGAUGAAGCUAAACAGUUACAGCGGCAGGCUCUCUGUCUUCUGUCAUCUCCUGGCUUCCUACCUACUUGCCAGGGCACAUAACUUUUGUUCUAAGAAUAAAUAAGGAAGUUUAUCAGCUUUUGCUUUUAACUUGUGUAAAAAUUUUUUAGUGAUUUUGGUUUCACAGGAACUUAA